AUGGUCCCCCCACUGGAUCUCUCAUCGACCCAACCCAAGGUCAUGAUUGUGCCCCCAAGGCUCAAUCUUCGACGCAAUGCUUCAUACAACAAUUAUGACAAGGCACCUCUCUCAUCGACUUCAGCUCGAUUCAACUUCAACCACCUUCUCUUCUCCCCUCCUCCUUCACCCAGUCUCCCUGUGUUGGUGCCACGGCCACGGAAAAAUUCACACACCAAGGCCCUGAUCGCUCGACCAAGCCGAGUCUUGCGAUAUAUGCUUUACUUUGCUGCAUUCUUAACGACGUUCUACCUUGCUCGCCUUGCGUUCCGAAAUAAAGAGUCCAUCAUAGCGAAAUGGCCUCAUUUUACCACCGAUGACUUUGAAAUGAUUGGCCAGGAUGCGAUCCCGGAUUUCCCAACUCCCAUAGUUGUCAGCCACAGCCAUUCUCAAUCAAAGUGGACCGUCUCUAUUCCGCAUUACCAUGACUUCCCUUUGAGCGUGGAGGAAUAUGCCAGCAUGGGAAGCAAAUGCCGAGAAGUCUCAGCUCACACAAGAGAGCUCCGAGGCAAAGCUCCCCUGUCUGACGAAGACAAGUUGAAGUAUGAUGCUGUGGAUGAGUACUUUGUUGACGUGUACGAGGCCGAGCUAUACGGGCUACUACCUCCAGUUGCACAUGGCAACAAGGCCCAAAAGACUGGCAAUUUUGUGGGCGUGGACUGGGAAUCCAUGGCCGGAUUGCCUGUUUGCCAGUCCUCAGUCACCUAUGUUCUGGAAAGCUCGGAUGCUGGGCUGGGCACUGCAGUCAUGGGCAUGUGGAUGCUCUACGGCCUGGCCAAGCACGAUGGCAGAGCCUUUUUCGUCGAUGACUCCCGUUGGGCCUAUGGCAAGUAUACAGACAUAUUCCAAGCACCGCCAGUGCCUGACUGCCGACCCCCUCCUCGACACAGGAUGCUCCCUUGUCCGGCACAAGCGAGACAUCUUGUUGUCACUGGCACAACGCUAAAGGACGUUUUCCCGGCUCUCAUGGCGAAGUACCAUCGGGUAGCGGGGACUGACAAUAAUCUACGAGAUCUCAUGGGACUUGCAAGAACCGGCUAUCAAGCACUCUUUAAGCUCAAUAGCGAUGAUCAGGAGUACGCCCGCAAUCGCAUAAAAGAUUUGAGAAAGCAGGCCAUGGCGAAGGAUAUGGCCACUCCACACAUGCCCGUCAUUGGGCUACACGUUCGGCGUGGUGAUUCACAUCCUAUUGAGUACCAGUAUCGCAAUACUUACGUUCCAUCCGAAGUGUUUCUCGGCAAGGCUCAAGAGUUGGUAGAAGCCUAUUACAAUUCUGCCGAGGGCCAACCAGCAUCCAUGAAUCAGUCCAUCACCGUUAUUGCUUCUGAUGAUCCUGAUGUCUAUAAGCAGCCUGAAUACUCUGAUGCUUUAUAUGCCCAGGCCCGCAUCCGCUUGCAAUCCAAGGAAGCCACCAAGCGACAAGACGUCAACCCACACGUACUUCACCGUUUCAAGGAUGAAACCUUGGGAUGGGAAGGAGGAUUUUUUGCCCCCAUGUUUUGGAAUCUCGGCUUUGAUAGGAAGCACAACGGCCACACCAAUGAAGCAUCUGUGGGGCGGAUAGAACCGCCUUCUGAGCAGACGAUUCAGCUGCGCAGCUACAUGGGUAGGGCGUAUAUGCUAGACUUGGCAGUCUUGGCAGGAGCAAGCGAUAGAAUAGUAUGCACGGUCAGUUCAAUGGGCUGCAAGAUGCUGGGCGUGAUGAUGGGAUGGGAACAUGGUAUUGAGGCUGGCGGCUGGACCAACGUUGAUGGCAAUUAUCCAUGGGCAUGGAUGAAUUGA